AUGACCGAUUACAAAGUCCGAGACAUCAGCCUGGCAGAGUGGGGCCGAAAGGCAAUUGAAAUCGCGGAGAACGAGAUGCCGGGGCUCAUGGAGCUGCGCCGUGAGUACAGCCAGUCGAAGCCACUCAAGGGCGCCAAGAUCGCUGGCUGCCUGCACAUGACGGUGCAGACGGCAGUGCUGAUUGAGACACUCAUCCAGCUUGGCGCGGAGGUUCGCUGGAGCUCAUGCAACAUCUUUUCAACCCAAGACAACGCCGCCGCCGCCAUUGCGAAGCGUGGCAUCCCCGUGUUUGCCUGGAAGGGAGAAACGGAGGAGGAGUACCAGUGGUGCAUUGAGCAGACACUUAAAGGCUUCAGCGGCGACGGAUUCCCGAACAUGAUCCUCGACGACGGCGGUGACCUGACGAACCAUGUCCUUGACCACUGCCCCCACCUUGUGGACAAAAUCUACGGCAUAUCGGAGGAAACGACAACAGGUGUGAAGAACUUGUACAAACGUCUGCAGCGCGGAAAACUGCCCAUCCCUGCCAUCAACGUGAAUGACAGCGUCACGAAGAGCAAGUUUGACAACCUCUACGGCUGCCGCGAGUCACUUGUGGACGGCAUCAAACGUGCCACGGACGUGAUGAUCGCUGGAAAGACUGCCUGUGUUUGUGGUUAUGGCGACGUGGGCAAAGGCUGCGCCGCCGCCCUACGUGCUUUUGGUGCCCGUGUUGUUGUCACGGAGGUGGACCCGAUCAAUGCGCUGCAGGCGGCGAUGGAAGGGUACCAAGUGCUUCUGGUCGAGGACAUCGUGGAGCAGGCGCACAUUUUUGUCACGACGACCGGUAACGACGACAUCAUCACGGCCGAGCACUUCCCCCGCAUGCAAGAUGACGCGAUUGUGUGCAACAUUGGCCAUUUUGACACGGAGAUUCAAGUGUCGUGGCUGAAGGCGAACGCGAAGGAGCGCGUGGAGGUUAAACCGCAGGUGGAUCGCUACACCAUGCACAAUGGCCGCCACAUCAUUCUUUUGGCGGAGGGCCGCCUCGUGAAUUUGGGAUGCGCCAGCGGCCACCCCUCGUUCGUCAUGUCGAACUCCUUCAGCAACCAGGUGCUUGCGCAGAUCGAGCUUUGGACGCAGCGUGACAGCGGCAAGUACCCGCGUGGCGAGAAGGCACAGGUGUACUUCCUGCCAAAAAAGCUGGACGAGAAGGUGGCGGCCCUGCACCUUGGCAAGCUCGGGGCCAAGUUGACGAAGCUCACCGCGAAGCAGGCGGAUUACAUCAACUGCCCCGUGGACGGCCCAUUCAAGCCGGACCACUACCGCUACUAA